AUGAACACAAAAAUGGAUGAACCAUUUUUAGAGAUAAUGGAACAGCCCAUCGAUAAGUUUCGUUUUCGUUAUAAAUCCGAAAUGCAUGGAACCCAUGGUGUUCUCACCGGACAACAUUCAAAAAAAACAUUUCCAGCCGUUCGUCUACAUAAUUUCACCGGCGAAGCAUUGAUACGAUGCUCAUUGUAUCAGAUUUUAAAACCGGGCUAUGAGCCACCGUUUCCCCAUUCGCACAGUCUGGUCGUUCGUUGUGGCAACGAUGAUAAAAAAGAUCCACACGAAGCAAUGGUAUCAGAAUUACAUGGAUACAAAGCAACAUUUCAAGGAAUGGGAAUCAUACAAACGACACGAAAGCACAUCGAAUACGAUUCAUAUGAUAAAUUAAUGGGUCGGGCUGAAUUCGAAAAGGGAUGUGAUUUAACCAAAUCCGAAAAGGAUCUAUUACAAUCAAAAGCCAAAAAACAUUUCAAUGAUAUGAAUUUGAAUCAGGUAUCAUUGUGUUUCGAGGCAUAUGAACGUGUUUAUGGUAAAUGGAUGCGAUUGUGUGAGCCCAUUUUUUCAACACCCAUAAACAAUUUAAAAAGUGUAUUGAUGGGAGAAUUGAAAAUAAGUCGAAUGAGUUCGAACAUUGGAAGUGCGGCUGGAGAUGAUAAUCUUUUCAUAUUUGUCGAAAAAGUUGGAAAAAAAAAUAUAAAGGUUCGAUUUUUCGAACAAGAUGACGAUGAAAUUAUUUGGGAAGAAUGGGGCAAAUUUACUGAAGCUGAUGUUCAUCAUCAAUAUGCGAUCGCAUUAAAAACGCCUCCAUAUCGUGAAAUCAACAUCGAUGAAAGUGUACGCUUACUCUGGUUCUUAUAA